UAAACCAAACAAAUAACCGAAUCCAAAACAAGAAAGAGAGGUUGGGGCAUGUGAUAUUCCUUGGAAUCAACAAAACGGCAACUGAUACUUCAUAAGUAGGAACAUGCACUCCACACACUCACACACACACAAACAACAUAGAGACAUAGAAAGAGAGUUAGUUAGGCAUGUGUCCUUCUGGGUUUUCGUUAUCUUCCACUGCAGAGGAAGUUACACAAGGGAUUGAUGGGACUGGCCUCACUGCUAUUGUCACAGGAACAACCAAUGGUAUUGGCACUGAAACUGCACGAGUUCUUGCUUUGCGUGGAGUCCAUGUGAUUAUGGGGGUUAGAAAUAUGGUUGCUGGCAAAGAUGUCAAGGAAGCAAUAGUUAAGGAGAUUCCCAAAGCUAAAGUUGAUGUCAUGGAGUUAGAUCUUAGUUCAAUGGCAUCAGUUCGGAAAUUUGUGUUAGAGUUUAAUUCUUCUGGUCUUCCAUUGAACAUCCUCAUAAACAAUGCAGGAAUUUGUGCAACCCCUUUCACUCUUUCCAAAGACAACAUUGAACUACAAUUUGCCACAAAUCACUUGGGUCAUUUUCUUUUAACAAAUCUUUUAUUGGAUACAAUGAAGAAAACAGCACGUGAAAGCAAGAAAGAAGGGAGAAUUAUUAAUGUCUCCUCUGAUGGUCACCGAUAUACAUAUCCUGAAGGAAUCCUUUUUGAUAAACUUAAUGAUGAAUCAAGUUACCAGAAAUGGCGUGCGUACGGGCAUUCAAAGCUUGCUAACAUUUUACAUGCCAAUGAACUUGCAAGAUAUCUCAAGGAAGAUGGGGCAGAUAUUACUGCAAAUUCUCUUCAUCCAGGAUCUAUUAUCACCAAUAUUGUGAAGUCUGAACAUAAUGACGGUGUACCUACUGGUCUACUUGAUGCGAUUGGGAAUUUUGUGCUUAAAAGUAUCGGGCAGGGAGCAGCAACAACAUGCUAUGUAGCUCUGCACCCCCAAGUGAAGGGAAUUAGUGGCGAGUAUUUUUCAGAUAAUAAUCUGGCUAAACCAAACUCACAAGGAACGGACACUGAUUUGGCGAAGAAACUUUGGGAUCUCUGCAUGAAACUAAUUGAAUAGAAUACCCAAAAGCUAUUGUCAAUGCAGAUUGUCAUAUACUUCCUUAGUAGAAGUUGCAGUUCCUUGAAGGGUGAAGAGGUUUAAACCCAAAAUCGGAUUAGUGAGACCCACUAGGGUUUCAAACACCGGUGGGUAAUUAUCAAAAAUAAAUAUCUAUGAUAUUGUAUAUUUAACGAAUUCUGGUCCUUGCAUUCUGUGCCCCUCUAAUGGCAUAGAAUCUAUAUCUAUGUAAUGUUAUGAAACACAUUACAUGG